AUGUCCUCCUGGGUGAAUAAAAAGAGAAAAUUUUCCAGACUUUUAGAUAUAAGAAGCAUAGUUUUCUUUGAAAUCACCAUCGGGAUCAUAGCCAACUCCCUCCUACUUCUGUUCCACAUCCUCACAUUUCUUCUCAAGCGCAGGCCCAAGACCCUUGACCUGACUAUCGGUCUCUUGGCCCUCAUCCACCUGGUGAUGCUGGUAACUGUGGUAUUCAUAGCUACAGACACUUUUGGUUUUCAGGGUUGGGGGAAUGAUCUCACGUGUAAAUCAGUCAUCUAUGUAAACAGGCUCAUGAGGUCCCUCUCCAUCUGCACCACCUGCCUGCUGAGUGUCCUCCGGGCUUUCAUGCUCAGCCCCAGAAACUCUUGCUUAGAAAAUUUCAAAUACAAAUCCACGCAUCAGUACCCAUGUGGCCUUGUCUUUUUAUGGCUCCUCACUAUGCUCCUGAAUGGUCGUUUCUUAGUCUCCAUUGGUGCCACCCCCAACGUGACCUCACAGAGUCUCAUGUUCAUCACUGAGUCCUGCUCUCAGUGGCCCAUUAGUCCCUUGUUCAGGUACAUACUUUUCUCCUUGGUGAACAUUCAGGAUGUCUCCUUUAUGGGGCUGAUGGCUCUCUCUAGUGGAUACAUGGUGACUCUGCUGUGCAGGCAUAAGAGGCAGUUCCAGCAUCUUCACAGUGCCAGCCUCUCUCCAAAGGCAUCCCCAGAAGAUGGGGCCACUCGGACCAUUUUGCUGCUCAUGGGUUUCUUUUUGUUCAUGUACUGCUUGGAUUGUAUUAUAUCCUUCUUCUCUGGAAUAUUGUGGGACAAUGACCCAAUUCAUCAUUGUGUCCAGAUGCUUGUGGGCAAUGCCUCUGCCACGAUCUGUCCCUUACUGCUAAUGAGCACUGAGAAACGAAUGGUCAAGAGCUUAACAUCCAGGUGGGAAAGACAAUAA